UCUGAAGGAGAUCGAAAAGUCACAGCAGCUCUCUUUGCAGAAAGCAACUUCGUGAUGGAUUCAAAGAAGUCUAACAAGAUCAGAGAGAUUGUAAGGCUUCAACAGAUCCUCAAGAAGUGGAAAAAGCUUGCAAAUGCUCAAAAGAACGGCUCCAACGCCACUUCUACCAGCGCCAACAUUAGCAGUACUGGCAGUAAGAGCAUCAACUUCCUUAAGAGAACACUAUCCUUUUCAGAUGUUUCGGCGGCCUCCAACGAUGUCGUCCCGAAAGGCUUUCUCGCCGUUUGUGUAGGGAAGGAGCUUAAGAGAUUCGUUAUCCCAACUGAAUACUUGGGUCACCAAGCAUUCGGGAUUUUACUGCGGGAAGCCGAAGAAGAAUUUGGCUUCCAACAGGAGGGUGUGCUCAAGAUUCCGUGUCAAGUGUCGGUGUUCGAGAAAAUAUUGAAGGUGGUUGAAGAGAAAAGAGAGGCAGUCUACUUAAAUGAGUUUGGUUUCAAUGCAGACAACGAAAAGAUUGGGUGCUACUCACCGGAUUGCGAGCUUACAACCUCUCAUCAUCCUCAAAUGUGUAGAUGACUACUUCAAUAUUUUUCUUCUUCACCAAAUCUUUUCCGUUUUCUUUUUCUUUUUGAAACUUUAUGUUGCGAAUGCAAUGUACGAGGGAGAGGAGUAAGAUCAGAGCACAUUUAUAGAUAAUAAGGUUGAUAUCUUUUUAUGAAGGAAAGUAGUAUUAGUUGGAUAUCUACUAUGAUCCUGGUUUUAUUGUAUCUGACAUUAAUUACUUUGGUGCAAAUUAAGGGCAUUAGAUUUUC